AUGAUGGAAGUUAAUAAAAAGAGAUGUAAAUUAAUGGAGAAUGAUCAAGAAAACUAUGAUUGUUUAAAGCACGAUGAUUCAUUUGAUGUUGAAAAUAAAACAGAUGAUGUCGAUUAUGGUGAAAUAAGUUUGGAUAGCUCAGAUUGCGAAGAUGAGAUUAAUUUGUCGGAAUUGACGAGCGAGAAAGUCAACAAGAUUCAAAUUUUAUCAUUUGAUGAUGUUAAAGAUGUUAUGGAAGCUGAGAUAAGAGAAAUCCAAAAUGUUACAGAACUAUCAAAGCAGCUAACGAAGCUUUUACUCAAUAAUUUCAAUUGGGACAAAAUUAAGCUAUUGGACAGAUUCUAUGAAGUUGGAGAAGAAGAGCUGAUUAACUCAUUGAAAAUUAAAGUUCCAGAUAAAAUAAACAUCAGUCAACAAAUUGCAACACACUGCCAAAUUUGUCUAGAAGCUGAUAAUGAAUUACUGAAAAUCUCUUGCGGUCAUGGAUAUUGUAAAGAAUGCUGGGAAAAAUACUUGACAUUAAAAAUCAUUGAUGAAGGCUGUGGUGAUGGAAUUGCUUGUCCAGCACAUAAAUGUCAUUUACUGCUUGAUGAGAACAUGAUAAUUAGUACAUUGACAAAUCAGACAGUUCGUGAAAGAUACAAGUUCCUUCUAUGCAAUAACUAUGUUUUGUGCAAUCGAUUAAUUCGAUUCUGUCCAAUGCCAAAAUGCAAUAGUGUCAUAAAAACAGAAAUUGCUAAAGUAACGGUUCAGUGCUCUUGUGGACUAAUAUUUUGCUUCCAAUGUGGGAUUGAUCUUCAUGAACCAGUUAUCUGUGAAACUGUAGUCAAAUGGGAGAAACUUAUUAAAACUGAUGGCUUAUCAAAUAAAUGGAUUUAUGAAAAUACAAAAAAUUGUCCAUCCUGUAAGUCACCGAUUCAAAAAAAUGGAGGCUGUAAUCAUAUGUAUUGUCCAAAAUGUAAAUUGGAUUUCUGUUGGGCAUGCAUGAAAACUACUAAAGAUCAUUAUGCUUGCGAAGCCUUUGUUCGUAGAGGACCCGAGUCUAAUAAAACAUUUGAUGGUGAUUUUAUUCAUUAUUUCAAUCUAUAUAAGCUAAUGGAAGAAUCAAUCAAAUUUGAAAAGUCAUAUUUCAAGCCAGGCAUAUUACUUGAAAGUCUCAGUUCCAACAAGCACUGGAUGUGCCAUGAUUUCAUUGAAGAUGCUGUUAAUGCUCUAUAUCAAAAUCGACGUGUGCUUAUGUUUAGCUAUGUCUUCGCAUACUUUAUUGAUCUUAAUACUUGGAAAACUAUUUUCGAAGAGAACUUGGAAGCGCUGCGACGCUCUACAGAAUCUCUUUCAGCACUAAUGGAACGUGAAAUAUCAAUAAACAACGUUAUGGAUCAGCAACAGAAGAUUAGAGAUUUGGCUGGAUUUUGUGAAAGUCGUCGGAAGAUUCUGUCCAAGUUUGUUGCUGAUGGAUAUCAAAAUGACUAUUGGACAGAACGAAAAAGUGAUCCGUCAUCAAAAAGCGGCAUUUCAACUGACAUUUACAAAGAUGUUAAUAAAGUAAUCCAAAAUGGUAAUCGACGUGGAUUUGCACCACCUAAUGGACAAGAAUUAACAAGAAGUGAGCUUAUUGCAAUUGGCUUGUUUAGACCACAAGAUAACACAGACUGA